UUCGUCUGUCGGUAGCAAGACAGUCCGGUGAGAUAGCCCGUGGUCUUUGGCAAGUAAGAAGUUCGGCUUUGGAAGGCACCUGGUUUUUAUUGUUUCGACCAGCGGCGCAACAGCGCAGACAACAGCAAGUGUUGCCAUGGCGACCGUGAGCGCGACAGACGAGGAGACAGCUCGACGGGAGCAGCAUGCCAAGGCGAUGGCGGCCAAGCUGGCCCAGAUGAAGGUACCGGAUGACUGGAAGAUCCUGCCGGCCGACCCCAACUACAAGAACCCCCUGGUGCGCCACUUCCGCCACCGUGGCACCGUGCUCACCAACUACCACCUGGUCAACGGUUGCGUCGAGCACUGGGCGCGCUUCCAGGCGCGUCCCACGGACAUCUUCGUGGCCAGCUUCCCCAAGUCGGGCACCACCUGGCUGCAAGAGAUCGUGUGGAGGAUCGUGCACGGCGAGACAGGCGCCGGGGGCAAGGCCGACACGCCGCUUGAGUAUCGCUUCCCCCUCCUGGACAUGCCGUCGGCGGUGAACAUGGAGAUGCGCUCCGUCCACGAGAUGGACGACCCGCGCCUCAUCAAGACGCACCUGAUGUACGACCUGCUGCCGCCCAGCGUGCACACCAGCGGCGCCAAGGUGCUCUACGUCACUCGCGACCCCCGCGAUGUCUGCGUGUCCUACUACCACUUCUCCCGCAUGGUCAACUACGAGAAGUACCGCGGCACCUUCCCGGAGCUCCGCGACCGCUUCGUGCGGGGCGAGGUAAUGCACGCGCCCUACCGCGAGCACGUGCAGGGCUACCUGCGCCACUCCGACACCGUGCUCUGCGUGACGUACGAGCAGCUGCACGCUGACCGCGCGUCCGUCGUCCGUCGAGUGGCCGCCUUCCUCGGGCGGCCCGUGACCGACGACCAGGUGGAGAGCAUCGUGAGGCACACCAGCUUCGGCGCCAUGAAGGAAAACCCCGGCACCAAUUUCCGCCACUGGGAGAAGAAGGGCCUGGUCACCGCCGGCCAGGAGGGCACCUUCAUGCGCAAGGGGCAGGUGGGCGACUGGAGGAACUACUUCACCGAGGAGGAGGGCGACGCCUUCCUCAAGUGGGCCAACGAGCCGGUUUGAGGGCGGUGGCGGAGGAGGCGUGUGUCGCCACCGACCGGGCUGUUGCGGUGCGCGGAAGCGUCGGCAUGCGCGCUGCACUGAGGAAGAGGUGUGUCUGACCGGUGACUGCACCGGAACCCUCGUGUGCGGCGUUUUUGCGCGAGCGUAGAUUGCGUGCUGACGUGGAGUGCUGCGAGAGGACCUGCAGGAAUGGUAUUAGCAGUGCUGUAGAUGUAGUUUGGUAUUUGACGUUCUGGAUGUAUUUCCGAAUCAUGUAAUACACACUUGCUACAUGGAGAGUAAACGA